ACCCCGAGAAGUAAAUGUAAGACUCCUACUGGUUAAGAGGGAGCAAGCCCCGCCCUCACCUGCUCUGUAGCGUCGCAUGUGCUUACACACACACACACACACACACACACACAGAGAGACGGAUGCGCAUGAGACCAAUGUUGAUUUAAACUGAGUUAUUGCUGGAAAAAAAAAACACAACUAUUAACGUGAUAAAUUGAGCAAAUAUCCAUACCGGAAAUCUGCAAGGAUUUCGGAGGGACGAACUUGGGUGAACUUUUUGAACUUCGGAAUCAACGCGAUCUGCACGGGUGUGGAUGAAGCGGACAGGAUCUUCUCUAAGAGUGAACAUUUGAAGCGCGCUGGCUAGGUUUUUGUGGGACCGUGAGAUCUGGAUUUCUUCCUGACGAGGAAGAUGGCGAGCCUUUCUUUUUGAAUCGAACCGGAGCCAUUCCGAGUUGGCCCAGAAGGGCAGGUCGCUCUUCUUUCAUGAACAAUCACAACAGUGCGGUAGGACGAAAUCGCACCAAUCACAGACUUUUGACUUUUGGGAUUUUACUUGACUGAACACUGACUAUUACGCUGGCAAGACUGACAUAUCUGAGCUCAGAUAGGGUUGGGGAAUUACUAUUGCUGUUGUUUUUAUUUUAUAUUUCCAUUCCUGUAGAAAGAGUUGUUUACUCAUUGUUAUACAUAUCAAUACAAUUCAAGACAAUUUUAUCUGUGACUCCAGUCAUUCUUCUCCAUGCAACUCACUUUAUCCCUCCUGCGAAUCUAGCUAUUGGCCCAUUUUCUCCAUUUUACCAUAACCUACCCUACCCUAUCCUGUAGCGGGCUACAGAAAUUGGCGAGCCAGCCAGGAGGGUUGCAGAGUUGUUAGCCCACCCAAGAUUUGAUAAAACCUUUAAGAGUGCCUGGAGCUUCACAGUUACUUGUUUUUUUUCUUUUCCAACUACUGGUGCUUUCACAUGCCCUAACAAUGGAAGUUGUGAAAACAGAGAAUGUUAAAGUUCAAAAUGCUGUUUUGGUCAGUGGUUUAACUAACACAGACAUUGAUAACGAAAUAAUUGAGUUCUUAGAAGCUUUCGGUCCUGUCAGUAGGCACAUUAAAUUACCAACGGGGGGUCAGAUUAUUGUGGAGUUUCAACAUGAGGCUACUGUUAAGGAACUAGAGAAAAGGUAUUUGCCUUGUGACAGACCUUGCACAGUAAAACCAGAAGUCAUCUAUCGCAUACGAGACCUAGCCAGUGCAUAUAGCAUUGAAACCAGCGCAUCAGCUACUGUAACUUACCUGUCACAGCUUAAAGACGUGGCAGCACGAAGCAACCGAUCGUUUAAAGACCUUUUGAUGGAUGAGCUAGCUAAAAUUGGAGAGUCGUUGGGAGGGGAGGUCCACACAGCUGAGCCUUCCACAGAACAAGAGCCAGUGUUCCGCAGGGAUGAGGCCCUACCUUCUCCCCCUUUAACAGCCAAUAGUGACCAUGUAAGCGCGUGGGAUGAUGCUCACCCACCUGUAGAGGCUGAGAGACCAACCCCUCAGAUUCCCACCAACCUCUUAAGCACCCCUGAAGUGCAGCGAGUUAUUGUAGAGCACAUUGUUAAAAGCAGCGACGUUGUUCCCUCACCAAACUCGCAAUACAGACUAAAACCUUUUUCAGGGAGAGUUCCACAUCCUCAUUUCGAAACUGAUUAUGACACUUGGCGCAGCAGCGUAGAGUUUUGCUUGACCGAUCCCUCAUUCACCGAAACUCAAGUUGUGCGAAAAAUUGUUGAAAGUCUUUCACCCCCUGCAGCAGACCUGGUGAAAGCUCUUGGUCCAAAAGCAAACCCCAAAACUUACCUCGAACAUCUUGAUUCUGCUUAUGCAACUGUAGAGGACGGUGAUGAACUCUUUGCUCGCUUCUUAAACACCAACCAAAACGGAGGCGAAAAACCCUCAUAUUACCUGCAAAGAUUGCACACCGUGUUAAACCUAGUAAUAAAGAGAGACGGAAUUGCGUCUAGUGAUGUUAAUAAGCAGCUCUUGAGACAAUUUUGCAGAGGGUGUUGGGACAGCUCAUUGAUUGCAAACCUUCAGCUCGAACAAAAGAAAGACGAUCCACCUCAUUUUGCGGAGCUACUUCUCCAAUUACGCACAGAAGAGGACAAACAGGCGAGUAAAGCAAACCGCAUGAAACAACAUUUGGGGGUACAAAAGACUCGUGCGUAUUCCAGCAUGCAAACUACGUGCCCUCAAGGUAGGAAUGAUUAUGAGCAUGAGAUGGAUCACAAUUCUGCCGAUCUCCAGAAGCAAAUUGCUGACCUCAGGACUCAAAUCGCACAGCUCAGAGCUGACAAGACAGAGAAAAGAUCAAAGAAACCCCAGAAGGAAGCAAAACCGAACUUGAGUACCAAAACUCAUGACAAGCUAGAACGAAUACCACAAAUCGCUGCCGUGUCAGCCAAACCCAAACCUGGAUAUUGUUUCAAGUGUGGGGAGGACGGUCAUAUCGCCUCUAACUGUAGUAAUGAGGCGAACCCAGCAUUAGUAGCCGCUAAAAGGAAUGCCCUCAGACACAAGCAGCGGGAAUGGGAACUAUCAAGACCAGUCGGUGAGUCUUUUCAUUUAAACUAGAAGGAGCCCCUGUCGCGGGACAGAUGGGUGCUAAAAUUGAACCAAGUCCCACUAAGACAAGGACAACAAAAGCUCAAUGUAAAACAGCUAAUAUUCACUCAGUGCCUAAACUUCCCAAAAGGCUUGUGGGUGAAAAAUGCACAGCCCGAAUUGUUAUCAAUGGUGUUGAAUGUAGUUGCUUGCUUGACUCAGGUUCUCAAGUAACCACUAUUGCCCAGUCUUUCUAUCAAGAACACUUACCAGAUCAUCCUAUAAAACCCAUCAGUGAUCUCCUAGAGGUCGAAUGUGCGAAUGGUCAGACAGUCCCCUACUUGGGAUACAUCGAGACGAGUAUCGCGUUUCCCAAAGCUCUCGAUCAGUCAGAGCUUGAACUAACUACUCUCGCCUUAGUUGUCCCUGACAUUCGCUCAAACUCAGA